GUUAAACUUUGACCUAUGAGUAUAACAACAUUGAAAAGGAGCAAAGUUCGAAGAUUGUUAUUUUAUUUUCAUUAUACUAGCACAACCUGCUUCAUAUUUUUUGCCCAUUAAAAUACGAAAUUAUAACGGUAACAUUAUUAUAACAAUGUAAGUUUGACAAAAUUAUUAGCAUAAGUAUAAGACAAAGUUUUUAAAUUUAUUAAAUAAUCUCAACUCGUAAAUUUAAUGAUAUGCCUACAGUGACACUUACACGGCACUACGGUAAAUGGAUGGCGUUCAAUUUAAGUAGUUUAAGAUUAAGAGUAGAGUAAGAGUUAAAAAGAUUACAUGAUUAAGACACCCUUCGUAAUUCAAAUUAAGUGAGUAAGCCAGUAAGAGUAAACCGUGCCGUUAUAAUAUAAAAUGCAUUCAAUUAUACAAUGAUUUUAACAUUAACAUGUAAUGUAAUAGUAAUAAUAACUAGAGUUAGAGACUCUACUCUACUUCUUCUCUAGUUGAAAAUUGAAGUUGUUUCUACGUAAGUCUACGAAGUCCAAAUCUGACUCCACAUUUCUUUCACAAACUUUGUGUGUCUAGUCUAGGCCUACUUUUUCGUAGUCGAAACUCUGCUGCUUACAUUGUACUUAAAAAUUGUAUGUCUAUUCAGAAUUCAUUAUAAAUUAUAACUGCUAAGACUGACCAUCCAUUUAAUUUCCAUAGUCAUAGGAUAGCCAUGGUCAUAUAUAGUAGGAAUCUUGUUUUCAUGUUUUCUGAGUAGGCUAGAAGGCUCCAAAUGGGAAAUCAAAUGCUAUUACUUAUUACUAUUAAUACAAAUUAUAUUUCUAUUGCUACAAAUUCUUUCCAGUUAUCUCUGUUCAGAGUUUUUUUUAACCCCAGCUCAUUCAUAAUUUUGCCAUUCUUCUCACUCUUUCACUGUCAAGUUACCUUUUCCAAGUGUUCGGAAUCCAUGUCCCCAUGUCAUGUACUUCUUCUCUUUACUGAACCCACAACAACAUUUGGUUUAUUCAGUGACUCAGCAGUGUAUGAGUAUGGAGAAUCCAUCUCUCGCUAUUUCUUUCUCUCUAUUUACUUUACUCCUCCACAGUACCCCACUGACCACAGGAAUACUUCGUGAUUUUUCAUAUUCCAUAUCAUUCAUGAUCUGAUUGAUCUUAUUUGAGAUCUUUUCAAACCAUAUUAUUUUUAGGAUCUUGUACUAACAUAUCACAUCAUAUAUUGAUAAAAAUCUGUUUUCUCUUGGUUUGGUGAAUUAUUCAUUAAAACAAUUUUUUAAAAUUUAAUCAUUAAUAAACAUAAAUCAUGGAAGGACGUAUAAACCAUUCCAUGUGACAAUUGGCAAAUGAUGUCAAACAUGGUUGUGUUUGUGUCCUGGCUCCAACACUUUUCAGCCUAAUGUUUUCCUCUAUGCUGACUGAUGCCUUCAGAGAGGGGGAUGAUGGAAUCGGUCUCAGAUACCGUACUGAUGGUAUGCUAUUAAAUCUCAAGAGGCUAUAUGCCAAAUCCAAGGUCAUGACAGAAAUCACCAGGGAUUUUCUUAAUGCAGAUGAAAUUGUUCCAUAAUUGCUGGAACAGAAUCCGAUAUCCAAAACAGUGUUACUGAUUUCUCCAAUGCCAGCACAAAUUUUGGUCUCACCAUUAACACAAAAAAAGUCCUUUUCCAAUCAGCUACUUGAAGUACGUAUGAUGAGCCCAACAUUCAAGUACAUGGCGAGAGGCUUACAUUGGUAAUUGGCUUCUCACACUCAUACAUUGGCACUGUCCCAAAGCAGCACUAUUGAUGACAAGGUCAAUCUUCGUAUUGCAAGAGCCAGUGCAACACAUGGCAGACUGUCUAAGAAUGUAUGAACCAGGUGAGGUAUCAGCACUCAAACUAAAAUGAAUGUGUACAUAGUGGCUGUGCUCCCUGCGCUUCUCUAUGACUGUAGACAAUCUAUCACCGACAUGCAAAAAUGUUGAACCACUUUCAUGUGACAAGUCUCAGAAAAAAAACCCAAACAUCCAAUGGCAGGACAGGGUCUCAAACACUGAGGUACUUGCACAGCCAAGUCUCUGCAGUAUAUUUACCCCUUUAAUGCGGUCCCUGCUUCGCUGGGCGGGACAUGUGCAAAUGUCAGAGUACUGCUGGCCACAAAAAAUAUUCUAUGGUGAGCAUGAACAUGGAAGGCUGUUUGCUGGUGUUAGAAAAAAUGCUUUAAAGACACCCUUAAAGCCUCACUGAAAGCGUUCAAUAUAGACCCGGACACAUGGGAAGAAGCGGCAAAGGACUGAGCAUCGUGGCGUUUCCUCUGUACACAAAGGCUCCAUACAACAUGAAGCCAACAGAACUGGGACUGCAGAGCACAAAAGACAUGCCAGAAAAGUCAGGGUUUACUCUGCACGUGGAAAUGUCCCCUGCACUUACUGUACCCACAGCCAAGUACACAAUAAGCGUAUACUAUGAUUAAGAUCGAUAGUCGAUUUCGACUGAUGAACUAUAUUAUAUAUAUAUAGGCAUAAAUGUUAAUUUAUUCUAAAGAAUAAAAUAUUUAAAACUAUAAUUUUUUUUUUCAAUUAUUUUACCAACUCUAGUUAGAGAUAGAGAAUGGCCAACAGACUUCAGGCAGUUUUUAACCACAUUAAAGCUGAUACUUCCUUAUCUCUGAAGCCAGAAGCCUGCUCACUAGAAAACAGAUCUGAUGAUAUUGUCAUUAUUUCAGCUUUAAGAACACCCAUUGGAAAAGCCAAGCGGGGAUACUUCAAGGUAAAAUUUCCAAACAAUUUUAUGUUAACAUUUUUUUUUUCUUGGGGAGGUGGGGGUGUUUAUAUAUUAUUUUAUAGGUAGACUAUUAUUUUUUAUAUUUUUGAUAUAAUUUCACAUUUAUUGUUUUUGUCUAAAUAUUUUCAGGUUGUUUUUUUUCUUAAAUAACGCACACUAAAAAUUAAAAACAUAUAUAAGCAUGCAAUGCUAAAAAGGAUCAUACUUUUAAAAAUCUUGAUAAAUAGUGGAAGAAGAUAUUUUGGUACUGAAAAUAAUAACAAGCCAAUUAGGAGGAUGUUUGGGCUUGAUGCCUUCUUCAGCAAACAAUAAACAACAGAUAAAUUUAUAUUAAAAAAAUAAAACUUACAUGGCUUGAAUGCAGUCCUCGUAUUUUAAAAAUCUUGAAACAUUCAUGAUAUAAAAAAAACAUUUAUACAAUAGGGUCAAAGCAAUAAUGAAUUUAGCUCUUUGGCCUGUAGCAAAGUUUCAAGACCUCAAAGCCAGACUCUAGCACCCCAUUUUGUUUUUCUAUUAUAUUUUUAUUUUGUUUUUGUUUUUCUUAAACAGCAAAUUGUCCUGUCUUUUCUUUUCAAGCCUAAAGAUAUUUUGCUCCAAUAUUUAUUUUACACGGCUUGAUCGCAAUCCCUCAUAUGUUAUCCAUUGUUUAAACAGAAAUUCAAAAACAUUUUAAUUAUCAAAAUAAAAGAAUUUAAAUAUAUCUAAAAUUUCACAUAUUUUAUUUAGCUUACUAUCAAAAUUCCCUUUUUUAACAUCAAUAAUUUUAGAGCCUCCUAGUUUUACCAUCCCUAGCCUUGUAGGACCCUUUGCCAUGGUAAUUUUUAUUUUAUGCUAUUCCUUGAAGACAUACAUUAAAAUUAUUCAUAUAUUAAUAUAAGAGACAAUGGUGAGUACCGAUAAUGGAUUGUAUUUAAAAGAAUGCUUCAAAUGGAUUUAAAAGAAUUCUUCCAAACCCUUCUAUUACAUUAACAACAUUCUAUCUAGGACACACUUGGUGAUGACUUAUUAGCAGCUGUGUUCAAAGCUGUUAUUAAUGAUUCGAAAAUCGACCCCAGAGAUUUAGGUGAUAUCUGUGUUGGUAAGUUUUAGUACGUAGAUGUACAUCAGUGUAAGAUUUAGUCAUGUGGUAAGUUUAUUAAUUUUUUUUUCAGUGUUGAAAUCUUUUAGCAGAGGUGGAGCAUAGGGGUGGGAGAGCAGAGAGGAAGACAGAUGUCUCAGACGAGUGAUGGCGCAAAUAUGUUUCUUGAUUGUAUUUUAUUGAUGAAAAUAAUGGGUUUUUAAGAAUACUUGAUAUGUAUAUGAUGUAGGUAUUUGCUUAUUUCAUUGAUUCUGUCCAACCAGGGAAUGUGCAAGAUCCAGCAGCAGCACUGACGGCCAGAUUAGCCCAGUUUUACAGGUUAAAAGUAUACUUUUUGAAAUUUAACAAAUUAAAUACUUGCAUCUCACAAUUUAUACAAAUUAAAUACUUGAACUUAAAACUCAGCAGUAGAUUAUAUUUUACUUGUAUUUUAGCCCUUUAUAUUUUGGGACCACCCAAUGAGCUGUUUACAUUUAUUAGUUUUUAUUGCCCACCUUUUGGUGAGGUUGGGAGCUACUCAAGGGUGUCCGGGGUGCCCCAGUUUUUAAAUUAAUUAUAGGUCCUUUGUGCCAAUAAUGCCCAAUGGUCCCAAAGAAACUUAGGUGGUAGAGAUUUAAUAAUUUAAAAAUCCUUAGGAUGAACUCUUAGAAAUAUUUAUACCAUAAAGAAUUACAGUGAGUUAACCAGACAAUUUUUUAUUGUGUGUUACAUAUUUUACUAACCAUUAAUUAUAAAUGAACUUGAAAUGUUUUUUCCUCAGUGGCAUUCCUCAGGAAGUUCCUGUAUAUACCACAAACAGACAAUGUUCUUCGGGUCUUGUCGCUGUUAUGAAUAUUGCAGGUUCAGUAUUUAUUUAAAAUUGUGGAUUUUUUUUCUACCCAUUGUUUGGCUGCUGUGGUUGAGACAUUUUUUUAAAAAUAUCACAAAUUGUUUAGGAUUAGAAAAAAUAUGAGUAAUAAAACUUUUUUUUGUGUGUGUGCUUUAUUUCAGGGAAUAUAAAAAAUGGAGUUUAUAACAUUGGACUAGCUGGAGGGUAAGAAGGAUAAAAUUCUUGAAUAGAAAAUUAUUAUGUUAUCAAUUUAGAUCUUCAACUAGAAAAUUUUCUGUCUGAAAAGUGACUUUCAAAAAUUUGGUUAGUUGUGAUGUAUUGAUUAAUGUGAUAAAUGUUUAUACUUCUUUAGAAAUUCUUAGCAAACUUAGUAAGUUUUAGACAUAAUUUCCCUGUUAUUUAGGACAUGUUUACGUCACACUUUCCUUGUGCCAUGAACUCCGUUUGACCCCAAAUUAGACUGCGUUCGUAUUGGGCGUGGCCUAUUUCUUUUGAUCUUUUUUUUUACCACAGAACAAUUUAUCGCCUGUUUGUCUUGACUCGAAGGUGGCACAAAAUUGUAGUAAAUUAUAGAAAUAUGGAGAAGAUUCAAGUCAGGACUACAAUUUAUAUUCUGUCCCUGAAUCUUCUUAGAAACAGGUGAUACCCAUAUAUAAAGCCGGGGAAUUGAAAGACGGGAGAUUGAUUGAUAGAUAUUUUUAGCUCACGAGACAAGUGUAUUAUUGUGUGUACUCAUAUGUGUUUAUUCGCAUUCAUCAUUGUACAUUAUUAAUUGGCACAUUGUAUUAGCCGUGUACCCGUACAAGAUCUACCAUACUCUAUAAAUUGAUGAUUGUAAUUAUAUUUCUUUUGUUUGCAAUUAUAUUAAUACUUAAAUAAAUCAUAUUAAUUUUAAUUAGUACUGUUUUGAGUGUCGUAUUUUUGCUAUUGUAUUCCAUCUAUGGUAUCGUCCUUUGUUAUGCACUGUUUGAACGAGCCAUAAAAUUAAUAUAAGAGAUUAAGUUCUCACUAUAGAAGGCAGUGCGUAACAUUGGUAUAAAUAUUUGGACUUGCUAUAUUAGAGGCUCCUAGGCCAGGAGUCGGCAACCUUUUGAGACGGAAGAGCCAAAAGUUACAAUUUACAAAAUUUCCCAGUUUUUCAAGAGCUACUAACAUUUUUACUUCAAUAUAAUUAUUAAUAUUUGCGCAUGGAACUGGAGAGCCGCAUCUUGACAUCAAAAGAGCCGCAUGCGGCUCGCGAGCCGCAGGUUGCAGACCCCUGUCAAAGGCAAUCCAUAACCUUGGUCCCUACUUUUUUGUUGUUUAAUUUCCAAGGAAAAUUAUGGCAUUCAUCUGAGUUUACAUGUAAUUCUGUCCUACCCUCUGGAUUGUGUGAGGCACCAUAAAGUUAACCUUAGAGUAAUUGUUUUCCACAUAAAGUUAUAUGUAGAAAAAUAUAAUGUCUAUGCAUGUAAUUAAGUUGUUAAAUUUCAGAAUAGCUAUUAAAUUAUGAUUUUAUAAAAAGUACUAAUUGCACAAUCCAUAAAACCAUUAUUUAGAUGUGGUAAUAUUGAAUUAUCUUUGCACCCUUCACUUCUCAUUCACAGUGUUGAAUCAUUGAGUACAUAUGGUAUGGGAGCUAAAAACAUUGCUUUUAAUCCCAGAAUCGGAGAGAGUCAGUUAACACAGGAUGUCUUGUUACCCAUGGGGUAAGGCUUAUAAUAUAUUAAACAUGAUUUUAAAAGCAGCAAUUAUCAGCAUUGGUACCAAGAUCAAGAAAACGUCUCGCAUUGAGAGCAUUUUUUAUGAAAUAUGGUUAAUUGAAAUUAAUUUGGACAAAGCUUUUUUUAAAUUUUUUUUUUUUAUACAUAGGCAAAUAUUAUUAGGCAUUAUUUGAACUGUCAUUCACACAAAAUGUUAGCAGUUGCCUUUAUCUCUAUUUUUAAUAUGUUUUUUUUUUAAAGUACAUGUACCAUUUGAUUUAUGUAUGUUUUCUCCUAGACUAUAAAAAGUGUUGGACUGCAAUAAAGCUUUAAAAUAGAUUAAUAAGACACGAACAAAUUGUGUCAAUAUAACAAUAUAAGUUACACUUUAAUAUUAAUUAUACAUUAUACACAAGUAAACGUUUCGGCAUAUGCCUUCAUCAGUACAAACAAACAAAACACAUUUAAAUAAGUAUAAAUUAAAUUUACAUAAUAUAAAUAUACAUAUCCUACCUAAAACAGACAAAAAUAGGAGAGGGCGCUAAAACUUGUCAAAAACAAAGUAAAGAGGAGUAGAAAGGCUUGGAGUUUAAGACAAAACUUGUAUUUGGUAAUCUAUAUUAUAAUCUUCACCUGAAUUUUAUUAAAAUGUAUUUUUUGUAAGUAUCACAUCAGAAAAUGUGGCUCAAAGAUUUGGAGUUACAAGACAGCAACAAGAUGAGUUUGCCUACAGUUCUCAAAUUAAGUAGGUCAAUCCAAUUGAAAAUUACGUAUUAGUCAGUUACAUAAUAACAUGCUCUGACAUUUUUUCUUCAUCUCUUUCUUUCUUUCUUGUGGGAUAUACCACCUUACAUUUAAUGUAAAUUACUAUUGGGGUCUCUCUAUAGUAUGUUAUUUUGUGACAUACUGUAGAGCAGCAGUAUUUACAUUGGAGAAUCAAAAACUUUAAUCUUUAUAAGGGGUGUAUAUGAACCAUUAUUAUUUUAUGUAGGCUUAUUUUUUUUUUCUGUAAAGAUGCAUUAGUAAUCAUUAUUUUAAUGUGUUCAAGAGCUAAGAAGGCAGCAGAUGAUGGUUUGUUUGAUGCUGAGAUUGUUCCAGUUACCACAACUGUUGAGGAUAAAAAUGGUCAAAAAGUAACAAUUACGGUUAGUUAACUAUCCUUAAUCUUGUUGUUGUAAUUUCUUUGCUUACCUUAACUUUGUCUUAUUUGCAUGCAGCAGUUCUACUAAUACUUCUUACUAUUAAUGGGAAAAAUGUAGCUGGAAAGUUAACAAGCUAAAAAGUUUAAAAUAAUGUAGUUUUGAGUAAACUACAGAUCUUUAAAAACAUGUGGUAAAAUUUGCUUGCUAUCAAUCUUCUUUGUUUUGUAUCAAAUGUGCAUACAUUAUAUUAUUAUAAUUUAUUCUGACUAUGUUGAUGGAAUAUUCUAAUGCUAAUGUUAAGGUUACCAAAGAUGAAGGCAUUCGUCCCACAACUCUAGAAGGGUUGGCAAAAUUGAAACCAGCAUUUAAAGAAAAUGGAAGUACAACAGCUGGUAAGUUAAGGCCAUAUGCUUUGCUCAGUUUGACUGUCAUUUUAUUUGUUAAACAGAGUAAAUUAUGCUGUUUGCCAACUCUGGGCAUUUGUAUCAUCAAAACAAGUUGAUUUUUCCAAAUAUAUAUCAUUCCAACUCUUUCAUGAGUGAUAAAUGUGCAAGGAAUCGUAAGAAAGUAUCAAUUUGACACUGAAAAUCUUAACAAUUUUAUGAUGGAAUAGCUACUAAAUGUGUUGGUUUAAAGUUUCUUGUAUUUUAAUUUGAUUUUAUAGGGAAUUCAAGUCAAGUCAGUGAUGGUGCUGCUGCUGUUCUUUUGAUGUCACGUGCAGAAGCCAACCGCAGAAAUUUGCCUGUUUUGGGAAUCAUUCGCUCAUUUGCUGUUAAGGGAUGUCCUCCUGAUAUCAUGGGAAUAGGACCAGCAGUUGCAAUCCCAUUGGCACUACAGAAAGCUGGUAAAGAUAAUGUGAUAUCAUGCAUCUCAAUAAAAAAGGCUAACACAACAAUCAUUGGUUGUCAAAAGAGUUUUUGAUGGCAAUUGAGAAUUAAAGUCCAAACAUAAUGUUCAUAGAUUUUUUACAUUUAAUAGGAAACAAAAAUACAGAUUGGGCAAAUACAAUUUAUUAUUAUUGUAAUAAAUCUCAUGUUUGGCAUUCAAUAAGAUUAUCAAGGUGAUUCUUAAAUAGUUAUUGCCUUUCUCAAAUGUGGUUGCUUUAAACAUUGUUGUCAUUUAAACUAAUUUGACUCCAAUAAUUUUUGUUCCUAGAACAUGUGAUUAGAAAAUAAUAAUAAUGUUAAAAUGAUAAUUAAGUUGCAAUUAAUUCCCUAUUUUAAAAUUAAAAAUAUGAUGUAGUGGUUGAUUGUAAACAAAAACUAAUUUGGGAUGAAAAAACAACUUGUUUUUAAAAUGGACUCAUUUUAACAUUUCUAAAAUUGUAUGAAGUUUAGUCUGAGCUAGUGCAUUUAACAAUUUUUUUGUGUGAUUUAAGAUUGUAUAUUUGAAUGUGAUUUGAAGCAUCAGUGUUUCAACAUACAAUUUCAUCUCCAGGUCUGACUGUUAAUGACAUUGAUAUUUAUGAAAUAAAUGAAGCGUUUGCAAGUCAAGCAGUUUACUGUGUCCGUGAACUAGGCAUUCCUAUUGAACGUGUCAACCCCAAAGGUGGGGCUAUUGCACUUGGCCAUCCACUUGGAUGCACUGGGGCUCGUCAGAUUGCGACUCUUCUUCAUGAACUUAAAAGACGAGGGCCAAAGUAAGUUACUCACCAUUAUAUGAAUAUGUGGUUUAACCAUUUGGAAAUUAUUCAUUGAUGUUUCUUUGCAUGGAGGUUCCAAGUAUAGUUAAUAGAUACUGAAUACCAAUUAUUUCUUAUUUAACAGAGCGUAUGGUGUGGUGUCCAUGUGCAUUGGGACAGGCAUGGGUGCAGCUGCUGUCAUUGAAUAUCCAGGACCAGUGAAAAGUCGCUGAUAGACUUAUUCAAGAGCUGAAAUUCUUAUAGAGAGAGAGAAUGAUGUUUAUUUACCUCAAGUAACAUUUAUGGAGAUAUAGAUUGAUUAGCAAAGUAUCGUUGGACUUGCUACUUAUAAAAAUAUUUACUGCUGUAAUUGUUAAUUUAUUAUACAUAAAAUUGCAACAGCUAUUUACUGUAAUGAAUUAGAUUCUAUACUUUUCAAAUAUAAAAAAAAUACAUCAUUCUUAAAGUACAUCAUAAACUUUUACAGCAUUUUAAAAUAAAUUUUUUAAAUCAUUCAGCAGUUGUUUUUUUUGCUCACUCACAGAUAAAGUCAACCCAGUUUCAAAGACACUACUAUCAUUAAAAAUAAAAUAUAAAUUUAAAAGUCAAUAUGCAGGUACAUAUUUAAUAUUGAAAAAGUAGUAAAGAAAAAGUAAAGAAAGAUCAGCGAUAAAAACUUAGAAACCGAUAAAAACUUAGAAACCGAUAAAAACUUAGAAACCGAAUCCAGUUAUUGAUUUAAGCCUAAAUUUAAAUUAUAGCAUCAGCUGGUUGAAUUAUUUUAAAUAUAUUUAAAUAUUUUAAACAGAUAUUAUAAUAAGCUAAAUUAUCAGUUCAGUUUUACUGUAAAACAUAUUAUUCAGGAACACUCUAUAAAUCAGUUUCCACUUUGGGAUGGCUCUAAAUAUUUUCUCUUAUGUUGAAUAUUUAAAUAAUUUGUAAAAAUUCUUAUGGGUUUUAAAUUGACACAUGUACAGGUGUUGUGCAUGAAUUUCAUGGUGCAUUCUGAUGUAACUUGUUGCUCAAACAAAUGUAUCAUGUAAAUACCUAAAUGACCUUAAAAAGAUUAACAUUUUUGUUCUCUUUUGUUGAAACAGAAUCCUUGUCAUUAAAAAUUGUAAAAUUUUGUUUUAUAAUAAUGAAAGAUUUUAAGAAUUUAAUUUAACUUUUAAUGAAGAUCAUAUUUUAUUGUUCAUACUCAUGAAAUUCUUGUUUAAUUUUUUUGUCACUCAAUUAAAUACCAAGUAUUUCUAAUAUUUAUUGUCAACAUAAAUAUUUGUAUUAAUUGCAACCAAAUAUAAGUUUGCUCACUAGAUUUUAGAUACCAUUAUAAGACUUGUCUUAAGCCUCAAUCAUAUCUGUAAAAAAAAAAAAGAGGACAAAUCUCUGAUGAUGGCUCUUGAGACCUUUAACUCAUUCCCCCCUGAUGCGACUAAAUGCGUCCUUGGGGGGUCCCUCCGGAUGCGUCUAAAUGCGUCUGGUCACACCCCCCCUACUUUUCCUUUCAAUCUUAUAAUGAAAUCACACAUGCCCGAGAUUUCUAAUGAGAACCACGCUGUAGUGAGAUUCCACAAGAUUUCAAUUUUAAAAAAACUGAAGUUUUUAUCUUGUUGCGUUCAUUUUCAAAGCUUGUGACAAGCGAGUCCUUGAAGUGAAUUUUUUUGUGAAUAUUUUUGAGACAUUCAUAAAAUUGCAUUUAAGUUUCUGCAAUCGCUAAUGGAUAGAAGUUUUUAUCUUGUUGCGUUCAUUUUCAAAGCUUGUGACAAGCGAGUCCUUGAAGUGAAUUUUUUUGUGAAUAUUUUUGAGACAUUCAUAAAAUUGCAUUUAAGUUUCUGCAAUCGCUAAUGGAUGGCAAUGAAGAAUUAAUAGAAGAAGAGGGUUCUGACAUUGAUUAUAAUGAACUGGACUCAGUAUCCAGUGAGUCUAACAAUGACACGAAUAUUGAUAACGAAAAUGAUAGUCCAACUGCGUCUAAUUCAACUAGCUUUGACUGGUCCGAUGAACUGUCAAAUGUGACAGAAAAAAAUGACUGUAUUUUCUGAAUAUAUAGGGAGCCUUCACGAUGUUCCUAUUGACAGUCUACCAUUAGACUAUUUCAAACUCUACGUAACAAAUGCUUUGAUGACAAACCAAUCUGUAUGCCCAGCAACAACUGGCCAACCAGUCUGGGACCAAGGCCUCAACAAUAAAAUUAUGGACUCCCAGUAGAUGUCACUGACAUUAAAAAUUACAUCUAUAUAAACAUUAUGUUCAGCCUCCAUCAACUUCCAGAUGGAAAACUGUACUGGUCUUCGGACAACAUGUGGAGGGUUCCUGCAGUGGCUGACGUCAUGGGUAGAGACCGCUACAACAUUAUUCACCGCUUUUUUCAUGUGAACGAUACCUCGCUGCAACCGACAAAGGGCAGCCAAGAUUAUGACCCCCUCUACAAAGUGAGCCCCUUUCUGGAUCAUGUUAGACACAACUGCUUGAGCCUUUACAAGCCUCAACGUCAGCUUAGUGUGGAUGAAGCCAUGGUAGGCUUUCGAGGAAGACUUGCCUUCAAGCAGUACAUGAAAGACAAGCCUACUGCUUGGGAUUGAAAAUAUGGAGCUGCGCCGAAGCUAAUAUAUUAAAUUUCAAAGUUUAUACUGGGAAAAGAGAGGUGAGCUCUAACAAUGGUUACGAUGUUAUGGCCAUGACUGAGCCCUUUCUGGAUAAAGGCCACAAGAUUUUUUUACAAUUUUUUCUCGUCGCCAAAACUUGCGCAAGAUCUAUUGACACGGAACACAUACUGCUGUGCAACAAUUAGGCCGAACCGCAAGGGCUGGCCUCUAAAGAAGUCCAAACAAAAGAGAGGAGAGUUCACCAUGCUACAGAAGGGUUUACUGGUAGCCUGCCAGUGGACUGACAAACGUCAGGUCAACAUGAUUUCGACAAAUUCUAACCCAGACAUGACGUCAGUUCCAAGAACAAAAAAAGACUCAUAGUUGAAGUCGAAAUGCCCAACAGCGUGAAUUCAUAUAACUCAUACAUGUUCGGGGUUGACCUAGGAGACCAGCACCGGUCUUAUUACACUGUUGGUAGACCAAGCCAUAAAUGGUGGAGGUAUCUAUUCUGGUAUCGGUACCUGAUUCAGAUCUCCAUCAUCAGCGCUUAUCUUCUAAUGAAGAGGAUAAACCCUAAUUCCCCGUUCAGUCAGAACCACCUCAGGUUCAGAUCAAAGCUUGCUCAGCAACUACUGACCAUGAAGGCAGAAACCUCAUCAAAAAGGGUUUGCCAUAACAAUGCCAUUCAGCCCCCAGCAUAUGAUCUCUACAAUGCCAGGCAGAAAAAGAAGGUGCUACCAGUGUUCUGUGGUUGGGGCAAAAAUGCCCAGUGGCAGGACCAAAGAGACAACUAAAGGCUGCAAUCUGUGCCAAGUAUAUCUGCAUGGUGGACAUUGCAACAGCACAUAUCAUGACACUUUAAAGAAUUAAUUUGUCCAAUACAGUUGAGUUACAGCUGAAUUAAACAUUGAAAAAAAUGUGUAAGAAUCCAAUUUUGUGAUAUUUUUUAAAUUUUGUAUGGUAGUUUGUUCUUGUUGUACCACUAAUGUUAUAUUUUUCUGAAAGCUCAUCCAUUUCUUAGUGCAUAGAUGCUUUUAAAAUUUUAAUUUACUACUGUUUAAAUAUUAUUUUAAAAAAAUUAAAAAGACAUAUGUUAUUGAAAUCAUACCACUAAUGUUAUAUUUUUCUGAAAGCUCAUCCAUUUCUUAGUGCAUAGAUGCUUUUAAAAUUUUAAUUUACUACUGUUUAAAUAUUAUUUUAAAAAAAUUAAAAAGACAUAUGUUAUUGAAAUCAGAGUAGCUUCCCUUUGUUCAGGAAAAUUUAGUUGAACAGGAAGUGUGGGCUCAGGAGGGAAUGAGUUAACUUAAAUUAUUGUAAGUUAUUGACUCUUAAAAUAAUUUCAAAUGUUUUUGAAAAUAAUUGGCACAAACCCAAAUUACAUUCAGAGAAAUAAAUUAUUUGAUUAUUUACAGCAAUAUGUAACUGAUGUAUAAAUUGUUAUUCCAUGUGCAU